UUUCUCUGUUGCUUGAUCUUGCAUGAUAUGCUGAUACUGCUGGCUUUUGAUGCUGGUCAAGUGAUAAUUAGGGGAACUACAGUAUUUCUGGGUCACUGAAACUGGUAAUGACUCAGUUAAACAGACAAACAAACAGGCAUGCUAACUUGUGGAUCUUUGUGGAAACAUCAGAGCGUGAUAUGGCGCAACUGGUAUUUUCUUUUUAACACCAUAAUUGCAUUUUUAUUGCUUUAUCCAUGUCAUGAUUUCUAUGCUAGUUCUGAGAUACCCAACUUUAUGUACUAAAUUUCAAAGUAUGCCAUAACUAUUGUCAAGCUAAUUGCAUUGUGUUUUGGUGAUUACAUACUAAUCCCCAGCCCAGUGAAUAAUUGUCCGACAGUGAAUGUGCCCGAGUCAGCAGGAUGGCAUCUUUGACUGUGGCGAGGAGCCAGAGCACUUAAGCCCGCAGCACCUCUCCAUAUUGUUCUGUCUGCCACACAACAAAACCAGGGCCUCUGCUGUAAAAUACAGCCAAGAGCCGCACUGAGCUACUGACAGACGAGGCAGGUCAGGGGGCUGUUGGUGUGCAAGCCGGACAGUCACACAAACAUUUCUUUGGUUGUAUUUGGGUUGAAUUAAUCGUGUUGCGUUAUAUCUGGAAUAAUGACCAGCAACGAGGAGGCCAGACCCUUUGAUACUAUGACGACAGCUGCACCAAUGGGUGAUAAUACAAGGUCCAGACAGGAACAAGAGGAGCAACUGAUCCUGACAGCCUGGCAAAGCAUGUCCUCAGCUCUGCAGAAGCAUACUCUGUUUAAGGACUCCAGAAAUCCAGGCCCAGCUCAGUCUUUCCUGUCCAAGCAGAGGCAAUCCACCCAGGCCAGGAGGGCACUUUUCCCCCGGCUGCAGCCCAGGUAGGAGCCUCCAUCUUCAGGCAGAAAUGGAGGAGCGCAGCCCACUCAUGGGCAGGAUGGAAAUCAAGAUUGUGUAAUAUUUUUUUUCUUUCAUAGUGUGAGGUCUUCACAGUCUAUGCUCUAUUUGGUUUGCUGCUUUCACCCCCUGCUGGUCAAAGUUAGUACUGGAGUGAUAUGUAAAAACUAAAUAAUCAAUGUCAUAGAUUACACUGCUUUUAUCUAUCUAUAUUAUAACUAAUUGUGUGCUUGUCAAUAAUCACCAGGUUGUCUGCUGCAUUCUUCAUUGUAUAAUAUCUAUGCAUUUAU